AAUAGCAACUACAACUUGCACCUAGCGAGCAAUUAAAGUCCCAACUGAUGAUCACUUAUAUAUGCAACUUGCAGGUGUUGUAUAUUUGGUAGUCUAAUUUCACUGUUUAUAUUGUUAUUUAAAAAUGGCGGAAGAAGUAAAGGUAAACGAAGAAGUAGAGUUAAAAAAGCCUGAAAUCGAGGAGAAACCUGUUACUCAAAAUGAUGAUGAUGCUGAGAGCGGCGAAGAACAACCUCUGGACAUUGGAGAGCAUUACCUUGUUCGAAGAUCCGACGAAAAUUGGCAUCCUGCCGAAAUCAUCCAGACUCGCUAUAGCAACACAGACCAACAAUAUGAGUACUAUGUACACUACGAGGGCUACAACCGCAGAUUGGAUGAAUGGGUUCCCAGAGGUAGAAUCAUGUCAUCAAGAUUUAACAUGGAUGGCAGCAAAGUCAACGACAAGACAUGGAAAGAGAGGCCUCCUGUUGUUACAGAUCUGCUAUCGGACAGUACUGACAGGAAGAUCACUCGCAAUCAGAAACGACGACACGACGAAAUUAAUCACAUACAGAAAACGUACGCGGAAAUGGACCCGACGACAGCUGCGUUAGAAAAGGAGCACGAGCAGAUUACCAAAGUGAAAUACAUUGAUCGUAUUCAAAUCGGUCGUUUCGAGAUUGACACAUGGUACUUCAGUCCGUAUCCGGAGGAGUAUGGCAGACAGAGCAAACUGUGGAUUUGCGAGUAUUGCUUGAAAUACAUGAGGUUGGAGAAAAGUUACAGAUAUCACAUGAGUGAAUGCACCUCCAGGCAACCAGUUGGCAAAGAAAUCUAUAGGAAGGGUACUUUAUCGGUUUACGAAGUUGAUGGGAAGGAUUAUAAAAUAUAUUGUCAGAAUCUGUGUUUAUUAGCGAAGUUAUUUUUGGACCAUAAAACGCUAUAUUUUGACGUCGAGCCGUUUCUAUUUUAUAUUUUGUGUGAAGUUGAUAAACAAGGAGCUCAUAUAGUCGGGUAUUUCUCAAAAGAAAAAGAAUCGCCAGAUGGAAAUAAUGUAGCAUGUAUAUUAACAUUGCCACCCUACCAAAGACAAGGUUACGGCAAAUUACUUAUUGCAUUCAGUUACGAACUUUCUAGAAGAGAGGAAACGGUCGGUAGUCCCGAACAGCCAUUGAGCGAUUUAGGAAAAUUAAGUUAUAGGAGUUACUGGAGUUGGGUUCUCCUAGAAAUAUUAAGAGAUUUCAGAGGUGGAACUCUCAGUAUUAAAGAUCUAAGCCAAAUGACAAGUAUUACACAAACCGACAUAAUUUCCACCUUGCAAAGUAUGAACAUGGUAAAAUAUUGGAAGGGCCAGCACGUGAUUUGUGUUACACCUAAGUUAGUUGAGGAACAUAUCAAAUCAAGCCAAUACAAGAGGCCAAGGCUUUGCGUCGAUAGUGGAGCUUUGCGUUGGACCCCUCGCAGGCAUAACAAGGUCGGAAAGAAGUAAUGUUUUUUAGCCAUGUUGACAUAAGCAAAACAUUUAAAAUUGUAUAUAUUUAAUCUUUAAUAUAAUAAAUAUAUAAUUUAGUAAUAAA